AUGGCCAGAAACAUACUCGAGAUCCCAUUCCGGCGCACUCACACAGUCGACCUCUCCUCAGCGAUCAAACAAUACAUCUCUAGCAAAUAUGAUCAAUCCCCGGCCAUGUUCGCAGAUGAUCUGCGGGAGAUUGACGGGCUUCGAGACGACGCUAUAACCGUGCAAGAGCCGCAUGUCAGCGGGAUCAGAUGCUUAGCCCAGUAUGCCGCUCAACUACGGUAUCUCGGUGGAAAGUUCCCCAUUGACAUUGGCGUGGACUUCCCAUGGUACCCGGCGCUGGGAUACGACAAGGACAAGCCGGUGAUACAGAACAACCUGCGAUUCGAGCUGGCCAACAUCCUGUUCAACCUGGCGGCGCUGUACUCGCAACUUGCAUUCGGGACGAACCGCACGACGAUAGAAGGACUCAAAGCCGCCGCCGAGUAUCUGGUUGCUGCAGCGGGGACCUUUUCCUUCAUGCGUACAGAGGUCCUACCGGACAUGCGGUCGACGCCGCCAGAGGAUAUGGACGACAUAACGUUGGACAGUUUACAACAGCUAUGUCUGGCUCAGGCGCAAGAAUCUUUCUGGCAAAUCACAAUCAAAAAGAACAUGUCGGAUGGCACGGUGGCGAAGCUGGCAGCAAAAGUGUCGGAUUAUUACAUUCUUGCGGCAGAUGCGGCUCGACAAUCCAGAGCCAUCAGCGCCGAGUGGAUCCAUCACUUCCAGGCCAAACAUCACCACUUUGCGGCUGCCGCCCAGUUCAGACAGUCUCGCUAUUGCCUGCAGAACAAACAGUACGGCGAGGAGGUUGCCCGGCUGCGAGAUAGCAUUAAUUGUGUGAACGAGGGGUUGCAAGAGGCCAGAUGGAUCAACCCCACCGUCCUGGGGGAUCUUAAUGGGUUGAAAGCUCGGGUUAGCGAAGAGUUGAAAAGGGCCGAACGGGACAACGACAUGAUCUACCUUCAAGCACCGACACCCAAGUCCGAACUUCGACUCCUAGACCGAACAAACAUGGUGGCAGCCAAAACACCCUCGGAUGUCGCCAAUGGUAUCUCGCUGCUGGGCGAAGGACGGCCUUUUGGCAGACCACUAUUCGAGAAGCUCGUCCCUUAUGCCGUCCACCAAGCCGCAUCCAUCUAUGCUGAUCGGAGGGACCGGCUCGUCAACCAAUCGAUCAUUGCAGAUUUAGAAGCCAUGACUGCCAAAUUGCGAGAAGUGCUACAAUCGCUUGACCUACCAGGCUCGUUACAGGCCAUAGAGAAACCAUGGGGACUGCCUGGGAGUUUACUGUCCAAGGCGGAAGAACUUCGACAACAGGACGCUUUGUAUCGAAUCAAAAGAGCGAUUGACGACACCAACAAGCUCAAAACGAACGACCUGGCUAUUUACCAAGAAGGCGUUGCACUGCUGGAGGCUGAAAAGGCCGAGGACGACCGACUACGGGAAAAGUACGGCACCGAUAGAUGGAAUCGACCACCCUCAACUGAGGUUUUGGCCAAACUAUACCAGACGUCACAGGAAUUGCAAAAAUAUCUGAACUCUGCAGCGUCAAGCGAUAAUCUGGUCCAAGCCAAGUUUCGGGAAAACGAGCACGUUCUCCGCCUACUGACAGGCCCGACCGAAGAGCUGGAGCGGCAUGUACCAAAAUCCACUCAAGUGCACAUGACCGUUCCCAUUGAAGAGGCCGUAUCGCGGCUGCGGAAUUGUCUCAACGAAGUGUCAAGGUUGGAGACGCGGAGGAAAAAUCGCAUCAACGCUCUGAGAGAAAAAGUCAAGGCAGACGACAUCGGCCCAGCUUUACUCUCCGAAGCAGCGCGUCUCGAGCGUGAAUACCCGAUGCAAAAGAUUGAGCCGGGCCAGUUCGAGAAGCUGUUCGAAGAACGUCUUGCAGCGUACGAGCCAGACCGGCAGGCGUUGGAGGCCGAGCAAGAAGAGCAAGACCAAGUUGUGGCUCGUUUGAGGGAAGCGAACAAGGCGUUUGUGGAGGCUCGACGGGACGACUCGACCGUGAAAUCCCGACAAAAUUCACUUCAGGCCCUCGAGACAGGGUACGCAAAGUAUAAAGAGCUCAUCAGCAACCUGGAUACCGGGCGGAAAUUCUACAACGACCUCGCUGGCCAUGUUACGCGAUUUCGGGACAACUGCAAGUCCCAAGUCACCCAACGAAGGGUCGAAGCUAGUCAACUCGAGGCCGAGUUGGCAGGACAGGAUCUUGGUCGACUGAACCUUGAGGAGACCAGGCGUGACUUGACUGGCCAGAGUCAGGCGCAGCAGCAACAAAGGCAAACGAGAAGUAGUGUUCGCCAUGCUCAACAAGAACAGCAGCUGCAAGAACAACAGCAGCCUCAGCCUCGGCAAUACACGAUCCAGGCUUAUGCCCAAGCUCAGGCUCAACAAGCUCAACAAAGUCGAGCAGACCACCCCCACGCUCCACUCCAACAACAAGAAACAUUAGCCGCUCCCAUUCCUACCCGAAACAUCGUCCCUCCAGAAUCUGGAGAAGCAGUAGGCUUGCCGUCUACAUCAUCGUCCUCCACCACCCCGUUGCCCUUGAGCGGUGUGGCAGGCGGGACGAUCGGCGGAGGAGGCGUGUGGACUCCAGACGUGGGCAUCCGCUUUGGCGGGCAGAGUCGGCCCGGGCAGGCUGGGUAUCCUGUUCCUAGACGGCCAUAA